GUCGCAAAACAAGCCGAUAAUGAUACCGGAGCGAGUCAACUAGUAUUUAAUGUUGAAGUCGAGCGAUUAUUAUCAUUUUCACCGGUGUCCAGGCCGAUUUAACAUACGUAUUCCCAUACAAAAAAAAAUCUUUUUAGUGGCAUUUGAAGACUGUGUAGUGGUAUUUUUUUUUAUAGGGAAAUUCGGUGAUGCACCGAGGAUGAGUCGCCGCGCGCGGCCGUGACAUGGGAGCGCAGGCAUGGGCUGGCGCGCCGAGCAAACGCCGCACAUCGCCGCCGGCCUGCUCCUCUUGCUGCUAGCCAACUUGCCGGUAACUUGCCACCAAGACCACCAAGAUGCUGUUCACAUCACAGCGAUCCUCGGAGAGAGCGUCGUGUUCAACUGCCAAGUGGACUUCCCCGAGGACAUCCCCGUGCCGUACGUCUUACAGUGGGAGAAGAAGGUAGGCGAAACGGGACAGGACAUCCCGAUCUACAUCUGGUAUGAGAGCUACCCGACCCACAGUGGCGAGGGCUACGAAGGCAGGGUGUCCCGGGUGGCCCCCGACUCGCCCUACGGCGCCGCCAGCCUUAACCUCACCAAUAUCAGAGAGUCGGAUCAGGGUUGGUACGAGUGCAAAGUGGUGUUUCUCAACCGGUCUCCGAAUCAGCACAAGAAUGGCACUUGGUUCCACCUCGACGUGCACGCGCCGCCACGCUUCUCCAUCACACCGGAAGAGAUUAUAUACGUCAAUUUAGGCGAUGCCAUUAUUCUUAACUGUCAAGCGGAGGGUACGCCGACACCAGAGAUUCUGUGGUACAAAGACGCAAACCCAGUGGAACCGUCGGGUACCGUGGGCAUUUUCAACGACGGCACAGAACUACGAAUAAGCAAUAUCCGACACGAGGACAUCGGCGACUACACGUGUAUAGCGAGGAAUGGUGAGGGGCAAGUGUCACAUACAGCGCGCGUCAUCAUCGCUGGAGGAGCUGUUAUAACCAUGCCACCGACGAACCAAACAAAGCUUGAAGGAGAGAAGGUUCAGUUUUCAUGCGAAGCUAAGGCGUUACCUGGCAAUGUGACCGUGAAGUGGUUCCGUGAAGGUGCUCCGGUGGCCGAGGUCGCGGCGCUGGAGACCAGGGUGACAAUCCGGAGAGACGGAGCCCUGGUCAUAAACCCGGUGGCCGCGGACGACUCUGGACAGUAUCUGUGCGAGGUGUCCAACGGCAUUGGUGACCCGCAAAGUGCAUCUGCUUAUUUGAAUGUUGAAUAUCCCGCGAAAGUGACUUUUACGCCAACAGUACAAUACCUACCGUUCCGCUUGGCAGGCGUAGUACAAUGUUACAUAAAGGCCAACCCACCUCUCCAAUAUGUUACGUGGACGAAGGAUAAAAGACUGCUAGAACCCUACCAAACAAAAGACAUAGUUAUCAUGAACAACGGUUCGCUGCUUUUUACACGCGUCAAUCAGAACCAUCAGGGUCGUUAUACGUGCACUCCAUACAACGCUCAAGGCACGCAAGGAUCCUCAGGUCCGAUGGAAGUGUUAGUUCGGAAACCACCAGUGUUCACGGUAGAGCCAGAGCCUUUGUAUCAGAGAAAAGUGGGCGAGUCGGUGGAGAUGCAUUGCGAGGCGCAAGAGGCGGAGGGCACGCAGCGGCCGAGCGUAGUGUGGCGUCGCCGAGACGGUCUCCCGCUGCAGAAGAGUCGCGUGCGAGCGCUCGGAGGCAACAUCACCAUCGACACGCUGCGACGACAGGACUUUGGGAUAUACCAGUGCGUCGCAUCCAACGAGGUGGCAACAAUAGUAGCAGACACGCAGCUGGUGAUCGAGGGCACGCAGCCGCACGCGCCCUACAACGUGUCGGGCACGGCGACCGAGUUCCAGGUGACGCUGCGCUGGCAGCCCGGCUACGCGGGCGGGCCUGACUACAAGCAGGACUACACCAUCUGGUACCGCGAGGCCGGCUUCUCGGAGUGGACCAAGGUUCCCGUCACGCCUUCUGGUGCUACUUCUGUCACAAUAAACCGUUUACAACCGGGGACCACCUACGAGUUUCAAGUCAACAGUAAAAACACUAUCGGAGAGGGAAUGAUGAGUAAAGCGAUUACAAUAAGAACUCUCGACGUAGGAGCGAAACCAAAGGCGGCUCCCACGGCUCCGGGUCCAGUCGAUGAAAAAGUCUUUCAGAACGCACCUGAAGGCUCUGGUCCGAAGUCAGGUCCGCCGCGCAACCUGACGGUGACGGAGGUGCACAACGGCUUCCUCAUCACGUGGCAGGCGCCGCUGGAGCGCGCGCAGCUGGUGCAGUACUACACCAUCAAGUACCGCACCGACGCGCAGUGGAAGACCCUCAACCGGGGCCAGAUCCGCCCCGAGGAGACCAGCUAUUUGGUUAAGAACCUAGUAGGCGGACGGACAUAUUACUUUCGUGUGUUGGCCAACUCGGCAACCAGCUACGAGAGUUCCGAGGAGGUGAAGUUCCCGGUGCCAGCGCGAGUGAAGCACAAAGCGAUCACGGCCGGAGUGGUGGGCGGCAUAUUGUUUUUCAUUGUUGCCAUCAUACUGUCUGUUUGCGCGGUGAAGAUUUGCAAUAAGCGUAAACGACGCAAACAGGAGAAAGAAAUUAUUCGGUUGCAGCAUACAACAUGGUAGCCGCGCGACUCACCGACCUUCGCGCCGCAGACAGCACUCAAGUGCCUUUUAAAAAGAAAUCAGAUUUAGAGAAAGCGGAAUAUCGAGUAUAGUGCAGUGUUUGCGAUUCACGGCCAACUGGAUCUGGCCGGCGACCCGCUGCGGCGACGAGGCGCAGCGCUGGGCGUCGCGCAGCGUGUCCUCCGCCUCCAGCGCGC